CGCUCUUCAUUAUUAGAAACACACUUCACUUAUUAUGGGUAGGUCAACUGGGGCACUGUCCGUCGGCAAGGUCAUUGGAGAAGUUGUCGACCCCUUCAUUCCGACCGCUGAAAUCACAGUUAUCUACGGCUCCAAACAGGUUGCUAACGGUUGUGAAAUCAAACCUUCUCUAGCAGCGGAUAAACCCCAUAUUCGAAUUCUAGGUCCCUCUAAUAAUGCAGCCCAUCUCUACACUCUGGUAAUGGUGGAUCCUGAUGCUCCAAGUCCUAGCGAACCAUCAUACAGAGAAUGGCUCCACUGGAUGGUUGUGGAUAUCCCUAAUGGUUCUGAUGUCACUCAAGGGAAGGAGUUGGUGACGUACACAGGACCAUGUCCACCGGUGGGAAUUCACCGCUACGUGUUUGCGGCAUUUAAUCAAAGUAUUGAAGGUCCAAUAACUCAAAUUGAGCCUCCAAAUGGGCGGCCCAAUUUCAAUACUCGCCAAUUUGCUUCCCAACACUAUCUUGGGCCUCCGGUUGCCGCUAUAUACUUCAAUUCUCAAAAGGAACCUAAGACUAGGAAACGUCAAUGACAUUCAAACUUUGUCAUUUCCUAUGACCAAAAAGAAAAAAACUUUGUCAUUUCCUGUGGCUGAGGCUUGUACCAUUUGCCUCCUAAUGUGUCUGUGUGUUGUGCUUGGACCUUGGUUUGUGUUUCUACUUUCUUCUGUAGUUUUGUAUGGUUUUGUUACCUAUGUUAUCAAUGCUGCUGUCUUUUUAGCUAGGAUUCUUAAUGUUUGAUCUUUAAAGUUUGAUUAAUUAAUUGUAUGCAAAAG